ACUACCCUUCAAGUUUUCUUACAAGCCACGCUUCUUUCUCUCCAAAAACCACUACUUAAGGGGUCCUGCUUCUUAAAACAGAGUUUCUUUUCUUAAACAUUUCAAUCGCUCAUAGCCCUCCUUUCUUGUCUUCAGUUCUGAAAUUACGUUCAUAUUGUAUCUGAAACCUUCUCAGUUUCCCUUCUCUUCUCUAACAGUAUAUCUCUCUUUGUAUUCUUGUUGGGUUGGUUUCCCCUGUUUUCCUCUGAAUACAGAAAAUUAGGGAUUUUUAGUAGGAAUUCAUUGAGAAAUUAUAGAUAUACAUCAGGCCUGGGUUUGCAAAAGACUUGGUUCUGUAGGUUGGCUUUUUUCUCUUUGUGAAAACCCAUUGAGGAUUUAGAGAAAAAUUUCAGGUUUGAUUUCUGAAAACAGAGGGUUUUACAGGGGAUUUGGAGGAAUGGAGAACGUUUCUAGGCUUAGAAAUGAAGAUGGUCAAUUAGAAUUGCCACCAGGUUUUCGAUUUCACCCGACAGAUGAAGAACUUAUAACUCACUACCUAUCCCCAAAGGUUCUUGACACCAACUUCUCUGCUAUAGCAAUCGGCGAGGUCGACCUCAAUAAGUGUGAGCCUUGGGAUUUGCCAUGGAGGGCUAAAAUGGGUGAAAAGGAAUGGUAUUUCUUCUGUGUCAGAGACAGAAAGUACCCAACUGGUUUAAGAACAAACAGAGCUACUGAUGCUGGAUAUUGGAAAGCCACAGGGAAAGACAAGGAAAUAUUUAGGGGGAGAGAACUGGUAGGAAUGAAGAAAACUCUUGUUUUCUACAAGGGGAGGGCUCCCAAAGGAGAAAAAACCGGUUGGGUCAUGCAUGAAUAUAGAUUAGAGGGGAAAUAUUCUGCAUACAAUCUCCCCAAAACAGCCAAGAACGAGUGGGUAAUAUCUAGAAUUUUUAAGAAAAUCUCAGCUGGGAAGAAAACCCACAUUUCUGGGUUGGUGGCCUUAGGCUCCUAUGCCAACGAAUCACGUCCUUCACUGUUGCCUCCAUUAAUGGAGUCUUCUUCAUACAACAGCGAAACAAGAACACGUGUUCGGGAGAUGUCGCCUCACGUGACCUGCUUCUCCGAUCCAAUGGAGGACCAGAAGACCAACAAAGACAUGGUUGAUAGCUUCAACUCUCAUCUAGUAGCUGCCUCAUCUUCCUCAAACCCAGCGUAUAUUUCCUCUGCUCCAAACAUGGGAAAUUUGCACUACCCAGAUUCUGCUUUAAUGCACCAAGAGUCCAUAUUGAGGAUUCUGCUUGAACAUCAGGCUCCAAGCAUGGAACAGAGUACAAAAGCAGAGUUCUCCCCUGAAACUGCCUUUAGCACCGAUAUCUCUUCAGUGGUAUCCAACCAUGACAUGGCUCAAAGGUCUUUUGAGGAUCAAGAGCCAUCAAGUUGUGCUGGGCCAGUUGACAUUGAUUGUCUAUGGAAUUAUUAACUUUGAAGAUGGAAGAAUGCUUAUGGAGGAUGAGAAAGGACAACUGGAAAAGGGUUUUCAGGGAAUUAUUAGUUGUUAAAUAUUUGUGGUGCUGUAUAAAGAUUUUCUGCAUGCAGAUUAGUUUGUAAAGAAAAUGCAUGUAUAUUGAAAAAUUAAGUUCAUCAGCA